CUGGUUGACAUUGUUUAUGUUUCACCUCACUACACUCGGCCAGUUUUUUGCACUGAGUGCAUUGAUAGUUGCACGAGCUCCAGUCGACGGUGGGCUUUAUCAUUUUCCUGAUAAGUACCAAAGUACCCAUCAAAUAUUUUAUUAUCUUUAUAUAUCGGUGAUGAGUAUUGAUUUUGUGUUUCAUCUACACUUGCACCAGCCUGCACCGAGGACGAUUAUCAGUGACCUAUAUCAGUGCAACCUGGGUUCAACAGUGCGCGAUGUCAUCAUCAAGGAAGAACAAUUUACUGGUCAAAAACACCGGCAUGAGCCUGAAUGACAGGUUCACACAAAUACAAAAAAAAUCCAAAACAGUGGGGGAUGAUGAACUGAUGAGGAAACACCGUAUGCUCUCAUUUAAUAUGGAACGUAGACCUGAAGUUGCAGCUUCAUUGUUAUUGAAUCAAGAAUUUAUGAAUAGAGAACGACUCCGAGUACCACUUCCGCCACCCUUACCUCCGCCAAGACCGGAAAUCAACAAACAAAUGUACAAUAGUAUUAUGCAUAAUAUGAUAAGACCGUUAGAUAGAUUAGGUGUUCCUGUUCAUGAAAGACUUUCUGUAGGAAGAGUUCCAUUAGUGGAAGAUAGAAGGAGAAUAAGAAGACGAAGAGGUGCUAAGACUAAAAUACGAGAAUCUGUUAAGCCCAAUUUAAACACAAAUGGAAGUAACAUAGGCACUACUAAGGUUUCUAAAUCUAAAAAACGACAAAUAUCAAAACAGAGAGACCAAUUUCCUCACAAAGAACAAGUAAUUUCUAAAGAAGAUUUAGACCAACAGCUAGAUCAGUUUAUGUCACACACUAAACAAAAACGAGAUGAAGAACUGAAUAGAGUUAUUCAAGAACAUUCUUAACAAAAUUUGUAUGGUUGAAUAUUUAUAAUUCAAUUAUUUGGUAAAAAAUAUUUCUUAAUACUGCCUUAUUUAAAUUAAUAUUUCAAGUUAUAAUUUCUUUUUUUUAAUUCAUUUCUAUAAGUGGUUUAAUUUUAAAAGAUAUAUGAAAGCUGUAUAAAUUAAAGCUACCUUAAAUAUUUUCAUUAGUGUUUAAUUUUUCACAUACAUUGACUGUCUAUUUGUAAUAAUACAAUUAUACAAUUAUAAAAAAAAUAUAUGUUUAUGUAUUAGGACAUAAGGCAUAUAAUAAUAACGAUUAAAUUAUAAAAAUCUUA